GGUGAAGGUGUGAGCAUGAGGACAAUGACAUAAUGGACAUAAUGGAUGGAGAGAAAGUGUGAUGAUGUCACUGUGUUUCUGCUGAUCCAGUCAUUCCUGAGAGACAGACAGACACAGAGAGAGAGACAGACAGACAGACAGAGAGAGAGAGAGACUCUGCUGCUCUGUCUCUCACUCACUGUAAACUGGGAUUAUUUCAUCUCAGCUUUAGUUUCAGUCAAGUGGACUUCAGUCAAAGAACUUUCUCAGUCACCUUCCGGACUGGACUAGACUGGAUGGGUGCAGGUCCUGAAACCUGAUCUUUGCAUACUUCAGCCUGAAACAGAACCGUCUCUUGUCCUCGAUGCCUUGUCUCGUCUGAACCUCUCAGCGCCUUCUGUGGACUUUCUUCAUGGAGCUUCAGAGCGUCACCACCUCCGCUCUGCCCGGACCUCUCUCUUCAUCCUCAGACUACGCUGGCCCCCUGUCGCCGGGCCAAGGCCCGAGUCCAAGUCUGAGUCCUGUCAGAGGUUCAAGUCCUGGUCCUGGAUUCUCGGGUCAGGCUGCGUUCAACUACAACCAACUGGAGGGAAGAUUCAAACAGCUCCAAGAUGAGCGUGAGGCGGUCCAGAAGAAGACCUUCACUAAGUGGGUAAACUCUCACUUGUCCAGAGUUUCCUCCAGAAUCACUGACCUCUACAUGGACCUGAGAGACGGACGGAUGCUCAUCAAACUGCUGGAGGUUCUGUCCGGAGAGAGACUGCCCAAACCCACCAAGGGUCGGAUGAGGAUCCACUGUCUGGAGAACGUGGACAAGGCUCUGCAGUUCCUGAAGGAGCAGAGGGUCCACCUGGAGAACAUGGGGUCACAUGACAUCGUGGACGGAAACCACCGCCUGACGCUGGGCCUCAUCUGGACCAUCAUCCUCCGCUUCCAGAUCCAGGACAUCAGUGUGGAGACAGAGGACAACAAGGAGAAGAAGUCGGCUAAAGACGCUCUGCUAUUGUGGUGUCAGAUGAAAACUGCAGGAUAUCCAAACGUGAACAUCCAUAACUUCAGCACCAGCUGGAGAGACGGGAUGGCCUUCAACGCUCUGAUCCACAAACACAGACCUGACCUGAUUGACUUUGAUAAACUGAAGAAAUCCAACGCUCACUACAACCUGCAGAACGCUUUUAAUCUGGCAGAACAACAUCUGGGUCUGACCAGAUUACUGGACCCUGAGGACAUCAGUGUGGACCACCCAGAUGCAAAGUCCAUCAUCACGUACGUGGUCACGUAUUAUCACUACUUCUCAAAGAUGAAGGCUCUGAAGGUCGAGGGCAAAAGAAUCGGGAAGGUUCUGGACAAUGCCAUAGAGACAGAGAAGAUGAUAGAGAAGUACGAGUCUCUGGCCUCAGACCUUCUGGAGUGGAUCGAACAGACCAUCAUCAUCCUCAACAACAGGAAGUUUGCUAACUCUCUGGUGGGCGUUCAACAGCAGCUGCAGGCGUUCAACACGUACCGAACUGUGGAGAAACCACCCAAAUUCACAGAGAAAGGAAACCUGGAGGUUCUUCUCUUCACCAUCCAGAGUAAAAUGAGAGCAAACAAUCAGAAAGUUUUUACUCCACGUGAAGGAAAACUCCUCUCUGACAUCAACAAGGCGUGGGAACGUCUGGAGAAGGCGGAGCAUGAACGUGAACUCGCUCUGAGGACUGAGCUGAUUCGCCAGGAGAAACUGGAGCAACUCGCUCGACGAUUUGAUCGAAAAGCUGCGAUGAGAGAAACGUGGCUGAGUGAGAACCAGAGGCUGGUUUCCCAGGACAACUUUGGAUUUGACCUUCAGGCGGUUGAAGCUGCUACAAAGAAACACGAGGCGAUAGAGACGGACAUCGCAGCGUACGAAGAGCGCGUUCAGGCGGUGCUUUCUGUGGCGAAGGAGCUGGAGGCGGAGCAUUACCACGACAUCAAGCGCGUGACGGCGAGGAAAGACAACGUGCUGCGUUUGUGGGAGUAUCUGCUGGAGCUGCUGAAGGCCCGGAGACACCGUCUGGAGCAGAACCUGGGUCUGCAGAGAGUCUUCCAGGAGAUGCUCUAUAUCAUGGACUGGAUGGACGAGAUGAAGAUGCUCCUCCUCUCUCAGGAUUACGGUAAACAUCUGCUCGGUGUCGAGGAUCUGCUGCAGAAACACGCGCUGGUCGAGGCCGACAUCGGGAUCCAGGCCGACCGUGUGAAGAACGUCAACAGUAACGCUCAGAAGUUCGCCAACGACAGCGAGGGUUAUAAACCCUGUGAUCCUCAGAUCAUCAAGGAUCGAGUGGCUCACAUGGAGUUCUGUUACCAGGAGCUGAGUCAGCUCGCGGCUGAGCGCCGUGCUCGCCUCGAGGAGUCGCGGCGCCUCUGGAAGUUCUUCUGGGAAAUGGCAGAAGAGGAAGGCUGGAUCCGGGAGAAGGAGCAGAUCCUGUCCUCCGAGGAUUAUGGGAAGGAUCUGACGGGUGCUCUGAGACUGCUGAGUCAUCACAAGGCCUUUGAAGACGAGAUGAGCGGCAGAGCCAAUCAUUUACAGCAAACCAUCAGACAGGGACAGGACCUGGUCUCCGACAAGCACUUUGGAGCCGAUAAGAUCAAAGAGCGAAUUCAGGACAUUCAGGAGCAGUGGGCGUGUCUGGAGCGUCUGUCUUCUGUCCGUAAAGCACGUCUACAAGAAGCUUGUAACCAGCAUCAGUUCCAGGCCGACGCCGACGACAUGGACACGUGGAUGUUGGACGUUCUGCGGAUCGUGUCCAGCGUGGACGUCGGCCACGACGAGUUCUCUGCUCAGGCUCUGGUGAAGAAACACAAGGACGUGGCCGAGGAGAUCGGCAGCUACCGCCCGGUCAUGGACGCUCUGCACGAACAGUCCCGCACUCUGCCGCCGGAGAAGGCCGACUCUGAGGAGGUCCAGAACCGCCUCGCCGGCAUCGAGGAGCGCUACAAGGAGGUGGUGGAGCUGACGCGGCUCAGGAAGCAGGCGCUGCAGGACGCGCUGGCGCUGUACAAGAUGCUGAGUGAAGCCAGCGCCUGUGAGGUGUGGAUCGACGAGAAGGAACAGUGGCUCAACAGCAUGGACAUCCCUGACAAACUGGAGGACCUGGAGGUGGUGCAGCACCGGUUUGAGAGUUUGGAGCCAGAAAUGAACAGUCAGGCGUCUCGCGUUGCUGUGGUGAACCAGGUCGCACGGCAGCUGAUCCACAGUGGACAUCCCAGCGAGAAGGAGAUCAAAGCCCAGCAGGACAAACUCAACACCAGGUGGAGUCAGUUCAGAGACCUGGUGGACCAGAAGAAGGACAGCUUGACCUCGGCUCUGGGAGUCCAGAACUACCACUUGGAGUGUAACGAGACAAAGUCCUGGAUCAAAGAGAAGACAAAGGUGAUCGAGUCGACGCAGGAGCUGGGGAACGACCUGACCGGGGUCAUGGCUCUGCAGAGGAAACUCACGGGGAUGGAGCGAGACCUGGCCGCCAUCGAGGACAAGCUGGGAGACCUGGGAAAGGAGGCGGAGCGUUUGUCCUCCGAACACACGGAGCAAUCCGACGCCAUCACGGGACGUCUGGCUGAAAUCAGAGGAGUCUGGGACGAGAUGAAUGACACGAUGAAGAAACGGGAGGAGUCUCUGGGUGAAGCCAGUAAACUGCAGCAGUUCCUGCGCGAGCUGGACGACUUCCAGUCCUGGUUGUCCCGCACUCAGACCGCCAUUGCCUCCGAGGACAUGCCCAACACGCUGACUGAGGCUGAGAAGCUGCUGACCCAGCACGAGGGCAUCAAGAACGAGAUCCACAACUACGAGGAGGACUACCAGAAGAUGAGGGACAUGGGUGAGAUGGUGACGCAGGGACAGACGGACGCUCAGUACAUGUUCCUGCGACAGCGGCUCCAGGCGCUCGACAUCGGCUGGAACGAGCUGCACAAGAUGUGGGAGAACCGGCAGAACCUGCUCUCCCAGUCUCACGCCUACCAGCUGUUCCUGAGGGACACGAAGCAGGCCGAGGCCUUCCUCAACAACCAGGAGUACGUCCUGGCUCACACUGAGAUGCCCACCACGUUGGAGGGAGCAGAGGCGGCCAUUAAGAAGCAGGAGGACUUCAUGACCACCAUGGACGCUAACGAGGAGAAGAUCAGUGGCGUGGUGGAUGCAGGGCGCCGCCUGGUGGCUGACGGUAACAUUACUGCUGAACGUAUCCAGGAGAAGGUGGAUUCUAUCGACCAAAGACACAAGAAGAACCGAGCGGCUGCCAGUGAGCUGCUGAUGAGGCUGAAGGACAACAGAGACCUGCAGAGGUUCCUGCAGGACUGUCAGGAGCUGUCUCUGUGGAUCAACGAGAAGAUGCUGACAGCUCAGGACCUGACGUACGACGAGGCCAGGAACCUCCACAGCAAGUGGCUCAAGCACCAGGCCUUCAUGGCCGAGCUGCAGUCCAACAAGGAGUGGCUGGACAAGGUCGACAAGGAUGGACAGACGCUGAUGUCCGAGAAACCAGAGACAGAGGUGAUGGUCAAAGAGAAGCUGGCGUCUCUGAAGACCAUGUGGGACGACCUGGAGUCCACGACGCAGACCAAGGCCAAGUGUCUGUUUGACGCCAACAAGGCGGAGCUGUUCACACAGAGCUGCGCUGACCUGGACAAAUGGCUGCUCGGCCUGGAGACGCAGCUGCUGUCAGACGACUGCGGCAAAGACCUGACCUCAGUCAACAUCCUGCUGAAGAAGCAGCAGAUCCUGGAGAGCCAGGUGGAGGUGCGUCAGAAGGAGGUUGAGGAGCUGCAGACACAGUCGCAGGCUCUCAGUCAGGAGGGAAAAGGUUCUGAGGAAGUGGACGGUCAGAGGAUAAGCGUGGAGAGGAAGUUCCACAUGCUGCAGGCGCCGCUGAUGAAGAGAAGAGACAACCUCAUGGCCUCCAGAGAGAUCCACCAGUUCAACCGCGACGUGGAGGACGAGAUUCUCUGGGUGGAGGAGAGAAUGCCUUUGGCCACAUCAACUGACCAUGGACACAAUCUGCAGACUGUACAACUGCUCAUCAAGAAGAACCAGACCCUGCAGAAGGAGAUCCAGGGUCAUCAGCCUCGUUACGACGAUAUCUUCGAGCGCAGUCAUCACAUGUUGGCGGGCGACAGUCCCGCCGCCGCGCCGAUCCGCCGCCGUCUGUCCGAGCUGCAGUCACUGUGGGAGCGGAUCAGGGAGGAGACUCAGAAACGCCACGCCCGCCUCGGUGAGGCAAGCCACGCCCAGCAGUACUACUUUGACGCGGCAGAAGCCGAGGCGUGGAUGAGCGAGCAGGAGCUGUACAUGAUGUCAGAGGAGAAGGCAAAGGAUGAGCAGAGUUCAGUCUCCAUGUUAAAGAAGCAUCAGAUCUUGGAGCAGGCGGUGGAGGAUUACGCCGACGCGGUUCAUCAGCUGUCCGUCACCAGCCGUGGCCUUGUCGCCGCCGCACAUCCUGACAGCGAGCGUAUCGGGAUGCGUCAGUCUCAGGUGGAUAAACUGUACGCGGGGCUGAAGGAUCUGUCAGAGGAGCGACGAGCCAAACUGGACGAGAGAGCCAAACUCUUUCAGCUCAACAGAGAAGUGGACGAUCUGGAGCAGUGGAUCUCUGAGAGGGAGCUGGUGGCUGGGUCUCAUGAGCUGGGACAGGACUAUGAACAUGUGACUAUGUUGCAGGAGCGUUUCAGAGAGUUUGCCCGUGACACCGGGACCAUCGGUCAGGAGCGCGUGGACACCGUCAAUCGUCAGGCGGACGAGUUGAUCAACGGCGGCCAUGGCGAUGCGGCCACGGUGGCCGAGUGGAAGGACGGUCUGAACGAGGCGUGGGCCGACCUGCUGGAGCUCAUCAACACCAGGACGCAGAUCCUCGCCGCCUCCUAUGAGCUCCACAAGUUUUACCACGACGCCAAGGAGAUCCUGAACCGCAUCCUGGACAAACACAAGAAACUCCCUGAAGAACUGGGCCGAGACCAGAACACGGUGGAGACGCUGCAGAGGAUGCACAACACGUUUGAACAUGACAUCCAGGCUCUGGGGACGCAGGUGCGGCAGCUGCAGGAAGACGCUGUGCGUCUGCAGUCGUCUUACGCUGGAGACAAAGCUGACGACAUUCAGAAAAGAGAGGGAGAGGUCCUGGACGCCUGGAAGGACCUGCUGGACGCGGCGGAGGGGCGCCGGGUGAAGCUGCUGGACACUGCGGACAAGUUCCGUUUCUUCAGUUUGGUGCGUGACCUGAUGCUGUGGAUGGAGGACGUCAUCCGUCUGAUCGAGGCCCAGGAGAAGCCCAGAGAUGUGUCUUCAGUGGAGCUUCUGAUGAACAACCAUCAGGGAAUCAAAGCAGAGAUCGAUGCUCGCAACGACAGCUUCACCGCCUGCAUCGAGCUGGGGAAGACUCUGCUGGCCAGGAAACACUACGCUUCAGAGGAGAUUAAAGAAAAGUUGUUACAGUUGACGGACAAGAGGAAAGACAUGAUUGACAAGUGGGAGGACAGAUGGGAGUGGCUUAGACUGGUCCUGGAGGUGCAUCAGUUCUCCCGGGACGCGGGCGUGGCAGAGGCGUGGCUUCUGGGUCAGGAGCCGUACCUGUCGAGCAGAGAGAUGGGUCAGAGUGUGGACGAGGUAGAGAAACUCAUCAAACGCCACGAGGCCUUCGAGAAGUCGGCCGCGACCUGGGAGGAGCGAUUCUCCGCCCUGGAGAGGCUGACCACGAUGGAGUUACUGGAAGUGAGAAGAAGUCAAGAGGAAGAAGAGAGGAGGAGACAAGCCCCGCCCACUGAGGCUCAGUCUGCCGAUGCUACAGCUCAGCACAGGGAGGGAGAGUCGCUGUCUCAGAACGGCCUUCAGUCAGACCAGGAUCCUGCCAGGGACAACGAGGAAGGAGGCGAGGUGGUGAACGGGACGUCGGAGCCCAGCCCCUCUGCGUCUCCCGGGGCAACACGUAAAUCAAAGGUCAGUCAGGCCGCGACACUGCCGGCCAAAAGCCAGCAGGACACUCCGACGUCCCAGCUGGAGGGCUUCCUGCACCGCAAGCAUGAGUGGGAGGGGCCUAACAAGAAGGCAUCAAACAGGUCAUGGCACAACGUUUACUGUGUGAUCAACCAGCAAGAGCUGGGAUUCUACAAAGACCAGAAGAACGCGGCUCAGGGAAUUCCCUACCACAGCGAGAUCCCCGUCAGCCUGAAGGACGCCGUCUGCGAGGUGGCUCUGGAUUACAAGAAGAAGAAACACGUCUUCAAACUCAAAAUCACUGACGGGAAUGAGUAUCUCUUCCAAACCAAAGACGACGAGGAGAUGAACUCGUGGAUCUCAACCAUCUCAGCCGCCGUGGCAGGUGAAAGGUCAGAGGUGAUGCCCAGCAGCCACAGCACCCCCACGCCCGCCGCACGCGCUCAGACGCUGCCCGCCUCUGUCGCCUCGGCAACCGCUGAGUCCAGCCCAGGCAAGAGAGAAAAAGACAAGGAGAAGCGCUUUAGUCUGUUCAGCAAAAAGAAAUAGAUGCUCCCUCCUUAUCUCCUUCCCUCCUUCCUUCCUUGCUUCCUUCCUUGCUCCCUUGAUUCCUCUCUCCUCGGGUGCUGUUUGGGGCUCACUCCUCUUCAUUGACUUGUCUGUGGUCAAGUGUUUGAUGAAGAUGUUUUUAUUUAGUUUGAUCUUAACAAAGAAGAAUGAAUCCACAUGUAAUCAAUGAAUCAUUUAACUGAUUUAAGUUUAAAUAACAAAUAACAAAAUGUCAACAACACUGAGACAAUUAUUCGCAGAUGUUUUGUCAUAAAAUCCCAAACAGACACUUCCUCUUCCUCUCAAAGUACGACUCAGCAUGAAGCUCCGAGCCAAAACUCUCCACUCUGUGCCUCAGACGUCUGGUUUGGCUCAGAACAACAACAACAACAACAACAACAACAACAACAACAACAACAACAUCAUCUUCAUCUUCAUCUUCACACCGCCUGACUGUAAACAACUGUUUCCUCUGUCAGAGUUUUGUAAGAAAAAGAAUCAGAGGAGAAAUAAAACAAACAAAUAAAUAAAAACAGGAAAGAUGAAGAAAAGUCAACAAAUCAAUAACCACAAGUGUGUGUGCAUGUGUGCGCAUGUGUGUGUGUGUGUGUGCGCAGGUGUGCGCGUGUGCAU